CCUCUCUGCGCACACCAACAAUACAAAAACGACAUUGAGAUAUUCAACAAGAUCCAAUACAGUGUUCGCUUGAAACCCGAACGAGUAAGAAACCGCGCUCGUUUAAAACGGUUCGAAAUAGUUUUAAAUAGCCAUAGGUUGUGAAUUUGAUUGGUCUCUAAAUAUGAAGUAAUAAAAACAAUAAAUUAAAAUUUAUAUUAAGUUUAAUUCAAAUUAAUGAAAAAUAAUUAGUAAUUUUUUAAAUUGAUGUUUUUAAAUUUUUGUGAUUUAAAGUUUUUUUUUUAAUUUUGUUGUGGGGUGAUUAUUUUUUAAUAAAGAAUGCCUUCACGUCAUUCAAAUGGAACAUCGAAUAUGGAGAUAGCUCAUAGCAGUCAGGAUUUAAUCAUAUCAAAAGGAAGAAGAAAGAAACGAUUAUGGAUAGCAGGAUCAAUAAUUGCCGUGGUUGUUAUAGCCGCGAUAAUCGCUGUAGUUGUUGUACUUACAACUGCAGAUGAUGAUAACACAAAUGGAGGAGAUGAAACCACUAACAUCUCAUUAGAGGACAUUUUAGAAAAUAAAUUAAGUGCGAGAAGUUUUAACGCAACUUGGAUAUCAGAUUCAAAGUUACUCUAUAGAGACUCACCGGGGAAUUUAAUGACUUAUAAUUUGGAAAAUAAUGAAAAAAAGGAGAUUUUUCCUUCAAAUCCAUUAUUAAUCAACUCAAUUAUCUCAGAACUUUCCCCAGACGGAAAAUUUAUUUUAUUCGGAUUUGAGUAUCAAAAAUUAUAUAGGCACUCAUUUUACGCCAAAUACACCGUAAUUGACCUCGAUACUAAAGAAGAAACUGAAAUUACAAUCCCAAAUCAAAGAAGUACCGAUCAAUUAGCUUUGCAAUAUUGCGGUUGGUCCACUCAAGGAAACGCGUUAGUUUUUGUUUAUUUAAAUAAUAUUUAUUAUAAAUCAUCGGUGAAUGAUGACGCUAAACAAUUAACGACUGAUGGGAGAGAUGGUUAUCUUUACAACGGAAUUCCUGAUUGGGUCUAUGAAGAGGAAAUUGUCGCUUCAAAUAAAGCGUUGUGGUUCUCGGAUGAUGGAAAAAAAUUAGCGUACGCGAAAUACAAUGAUCAAAAUGUUCCUAUAAUGACAAUACCGUUUUAUGGGAUACCGGGAAGUUUACCGUAUCAAUAUACAAGAGCUGUACAAAUUAGAUAUCCAAAGCCAAAUAGACCUAAUCCUAUAGUAAGUCUCCACGUAAUUGAUUUAACAAAAUUAGAAUCAACAACUAUAAAUUUAGAGAAACCAGGUAAUUUAAACGAUGAUGCGAUUUUAUCGGCAGUUACUUGGGCCACAAGUGAAGAUCUUUGCGCGAUUUGGAUGAAUAGGGUACAAAAUAAAGCGUACAUUGUUUCUUACGAAACAUCAGAAAACACCUACAAAACUAUUAAGUAUUUGGAAGAAAACAAAGGUUGGUUGGAUCUUUAUUCCCCACCAACUUUUUCUUUGGAUGGUUCCCAAUUAAUACUGAUUUUAUCUCAAGAUCAAGGAAAUAACGCCGGGGGUUAUAGGCACAUUGUGAAAUUAAAUCGCCAAGAAAAUUCCGAAUUAGAAGCUUUAACUCACGGAAAAUUUGUGGUUACUGAAAUAUUGAAAUGGAAAAAUAACUUUAUAUAUUAUGAAGCAAAUACAGAAGAAGAUCCAGGUGUAAAACACGUUUAUUCGUACCAAAUCAACACAAAAACCAUAAAAUGUUUAUCGUGUGACUUAAAAAAUGCCAACAAUGAAUCGUGUUUAUAUAAUUCGGCCAAAUUUAGCGAGGCAGCCGGUUUGUACGUUUUAAAUUGUGCAGGACCCGGGGUGCCCUCAAUUACAAUACAUAAUUCAGAAGGGCAUAAGAUUUUUGAUUGGGAAGAAAAUCAAUCUUUAUUAGAAAAAACGAAUUCGCUGAAAUUACCCCAAAUAAAAACGUUUACUUUUGAAACGGAAGGUGGGUUUAAAGCACAAGUUAUGCUAAAAUUACCUGCGGAUGCUGAUUUAAGUGGGGAUACUAAGUAUCCUAUGUUAGUUAAAGUUUAUGGAGGCCCCGAUUCAUAUCAAGUCGAUCAUAAAUAUCUUCAUGAUUGGGGUACUUAUUUAGCGGUGAAUAAAAGUAUUAUUUACGCUACGAUUGAUGGUAGAGGAUCAGGUUUAAAAGGUGAUAAAAUGAUGUUUACUAUGUAUAAGAAAAUGGGUACGGUGGAAGUUGAAGAUCAAAUAAAAGUUACCAAAUUAAUUCAAGAAACCUUACCUUACGUGGAUUCAAGUAGAACGGCGAUUUGGGGUUGGAGUUAUGGAGGUUAUGCUUCUGGAAUGGCUUUGGCGAUGGAUAAAGAGGAUGUGUUUAAAUGUGGGAUGUCAGUAGCCCCUGUAACAGAUUGGACAUUAUACGAUUCGAUAUACACAGAAAGAUUUAUGGGAUUACCAACUGAUUUAGAUAAUUCGUUAGGUUAUGAAAAUGCAAAACUUUUAAAUAAAUACGAAGGAUUAAGAGAUAAAUUAUACUUUUUAAUUCAUGGUACUUUUGAUGAUAACGUCCAUUAUCAACAAUCGAUGCUUUGGUCGAAAGUUUUGGAGCAUCAAGAUAUAUUAUUUAGGCAGCAGAGUUAUCCAGAUGAAGAUCAUGGUUUGGCAGCUGUAAGACCACAUUUAUAUCAUUCCUUAGAACACUUUUUGGACGAAUGUUUUAUUGAUAAUGUGGAUUGAGGAAAAUUUUUUGUGUAACUAAAAAAAA